UCGGCUGAAAUCUUUCAGGUUACAUUCGCAUACGGUCUCAGAAGUUCAGCCUGAGACCGUCCGAUGUCCUCUAACCCUCGUUGGUGGCCUUACCGUAUUCCAAUCGAACAGGCACUCAAGAAGACCGCUGUCGCCGUGCUAGGAGUUGUAGUAGGAGCGAAUGUCAUUUCGUAUUAUUGGAAACCUUUGCAGGAGUACGAGGAAGAACUUAAUCGAGGAAAAAUUGAGUUGCUUCGCAAAUACAAAGCGCUCAAUGAUGAACGUCACGCAAAAGCACAGAGCAAGCUCGGAGAGCUCCCAAGGUGAUCAUUACGGGAGCGACUCCAGCAUCCAUACUACUGUUUUCAAGAGAAUGUUUAAGAAGUACAAAAGACGAAAUCCUGCUCCAGAUUUGAGUCAAGUUGUUGAUCCUCAUGCUACAUCUUCUUCCAAUAUUCUUCACUUCCAACAACUUCGAGUUAAUGACGUGAGCGACGAGGAACUGCAAAUGCUCGGACUAAAACCACUAUCGGAAUGGAAGCUUGCAACGCUUCCUGGUAGGGAGGGUCUCUACAUUUUUCCUAGCGCUCUGAAGGAGGAUGCCAGUGAGAUGUGGUUACAACGUGCUGUUAAUUAUGCCGAGCCACCACAUGUGACAAAUUUGACGGCGCAUGGAAGUAGUCCAGAAAAGAAUGUACUCAAAAACGCUGGUAAAUCUCUGCGUUGGACAACAUUAGGAGUCGAUUACAAUUGGGACACGAAACAGUACCCUCUCAGUGGUGAUCCGCUUCCGACUGAGCUAGUACAAUUUGCUGAUGUGAUAACAAGAAUUCUGAAACUUGGUCCUAUGUUUGCUGACGCCACUAUCGUAAAUUACUAUCCUCCAAAAUCAACUCUCUCACCACAUAUCGAUAGGUCGGAACGAACGAUGGCCCCUUUGGUUUCUCUUUCGCUUGGUCAGUCAGCCAUCUAUUUAACGGGCGGGGAGUCCCUUGACGAUGAAGUUAUUCCGCUGUGGCUGCAAUCUGGAGAUGUUCUUGUUAUGCACGGUGCUCAGCGCCUGGAUCCAGUUGUGUCAGAUUUCGCGAACAGUAGUCGCGCUAAUAUCACUAUCAGACAGGUGAAUCCGGUAGAUAAGAAGUAG